AUGCUAGCUGCGCUGUCGUCGACCGCCAAAUCUCAAGCUAGCCAGGCUUCAAGUGCAGCUUCGAGUUCCAGUGACGGUACUGAGGUGCACUCCACCACGCAGUUUUUCUUUAUCCAUGAUACCUUCAUCACAAGUAGUCAAGACUCGCACCCGCACACCGCAGUGUCAAGCUGA